AGAUGUUCCUCCUGCUGAUCAAGAAAAGCUUUUUAUCCAGAAGUUACGACAAUGUUGUGUACUUUUUGACUUUGUUUCUGAUCCACUAAGUGACCUAAAGUGGAAGGAAGUAAAACGAGCAGCUUUAAGUGAAAUGGUAGAAUAUAUCACACACAAUCGCAAUGUGAUUACAGAACCUAUUUACCCCGAAGUAGUACAUAUGUUUGCAGUUAAUAUGUUUCGAACAUUACCGCCAUCUUCCAAUCCGACGGGAGCAGAAUUUGAUCCAGAGGAAGAUGAACCAACCUUAGAAGCUGCAUGGCCUCAUCUACAGCUUGUUUAUGAAUUUUUCUUAAGGUUUUUAGAAUCUCCAGAUUUUCAACCUAAUAUAGCUAAGAAAUAUAUUGAUCAGAAGUUUGUAUUACAGCUUUUAGAGCUCUUCGACAGUGAAGAUCCUCGUGAAAGAGAUUUUCUUAAAACAACUCUUCACAGAAUAUAUGGGAAAUUCUUAGGCCUAAGAGCUUACAUCCGGAAACAAAUUAAUAAUAUAUUUUAUAGGUUUAUUUAUGAAACAGAACAUCACAAUGGCAUAGCAGAAUUACUGGAAAUACUGGGAAGCAUAAUUAAUGGAUUUGCCUUACCAUUAAAAGAGGAGCACAAAAUAUUCCUAUUGAAGGUUUUGUUACCAUUGCACAAAGUGAAAUCACUCAGUGUCUACCAUCCACAGCUGGCGUACUGUGUAGUUCAGUUUUUAGAAAAGGACAGCACGCUUACAGAACCAGUUGUAAUGGCACUGCUGAAAUACUGGCCAAAGACUCACAGUCCAAAAGAAGUCAUGUUUUUAAAUGAACUAGAAGAAAUUUUAGAUGUUAUUGAACCAUCUGAAUUUGUGAAAGUUAUGGAGCCUCUUUUCAGACAGCUAGCGAAAUGUGUGUCGAGUCCACACUUUCAGGUUGCAGAGCGAGCAUUAUACUACUGGAAUAACGAAUAUAUUAUGAGUUUAAUUAGUGAUAAUGCAGCAAAGAUAUUACCCAUCAUGUUUCCGUCCUUGUACCGGAACUCAAAGACGCAUUGGAACAAGACAAUACAUGGCUUGAUAUACAAUGCUCUGAAACUCUUCAUGGAGAUGAACCAAAAACUGUUCGAUGACUGCACACAGCAAUUUAAAGCAGAAAAACUGAAAGAGAAGCUAAAAUUGAAGGAACGGGAAGAAGCAUGGGUUAAAAUAGAAAAUCUAGCCAAAUCAAAUCCCCAGGUAUUUAGAAAAGAUUAACCUGUUUGUGCUUAAAUAUUUUAGUUUUGUUAAAUAUCAGUGGGGGAAGCAGGUCUGACUGAUCAUGGAAAUAAAGCAAUUUCACUAACUGUAUUAUGAAAGAUACACAAUAAAAGUACUUUUAAAAUUUG